GUCAAAAGGUUUGACACGUUGUUUUAAAGCGUUAAAUUGUAAAUAAUACAAUUGUUAUGACUGUGAACCUGCAAAAACCAGGACCCAUAAGGAAGAAACCUUUGAAAAAUCCUUUUAAAUUUCAAAGACACAUCAGCGUUCUCGUAUGGAAAUGUUACUUACAAAGGCAACGACGAGUCGGCUUGCUACUAGUGGAGGCAGGAUUCGCCCUCCUCCUGUUCCUGACAGCAGUGUUCAUAGCGAAGCCAGUGUUCCUGACCCCUCUGGAGGAUGAACCGGAACCCCCCCUCGCGUCUGCAGACCUGCUCGCUUCCUUAACUUCGAACAACAUACUAGGAUACGCGCCGAAUAUUGAGCCGUACUCGUCUGUUAUGGACCGAGCGUCAGCUUUGUUAGGCAUUGAUAUAAUGAAAGCGCAAACUGAGGACGACUUAAACGAGAUGCUGUACAACCAGUCUCUUGGUACACCGCUUAGGAGCCCGGUUACAUGGAUAAUAUUUAAACCAAUCGAAGGCAACAUCUGGCAGUUGGGCAUACGCAGCACGGAGCGGGCUCGCUUCGUCACCAGUAUGGAGAACCGGGAGGUCUCCAACCCUCACCUGAGAGCUGGUUUCCUGGCCGUCCAGCUUGCCAUCAGUCAAGCCAUCAUCGAGCAUUCCAGCCCUGUUCCACCCAACUUUGAGGUAAACCUCGUCUCCAUGCCGGUGUCCCCGCUGAUGCAGGAAAGCCGCGUGAGGAAGGCGCUCUCCGGCAUCCUGUUGUGCUUCACCCUCGCUCUCAUGCCACCGGUCCUGGAAACAGAGGCCCUGGUCGUCACCGAAACUGUUACUAUGUUCAAGCGCGCCCUCCGCCUCAGGAACGUGGGUUUCUCCGCCAUGUACAUGGGCUGGCUGGUGUACGCGUACCUCACCGCCCUGCCCAUCUGCCUGCUCGGCGCCAUUACACUCAUCCUCAUCUUCCGUUGGAUCCACCUGCUGGCGGGGCUCCUCGUCAUGCUCGCCUACAUCUCCAUCAUGAUCAUGCUAGCUCUCAUGAUGGGCAUGUUUCAUAGUAAAGCAAUAAUCGCUUGCAUUUGGACGACACUAUUCACACUUCUCCAGUCGUACUUGGCUGAGUUGCUGGUACAUCACCAGUAUGACGUAAAGCAAGCUGCUCUGACCUUCGUCCUGCAUCUCAUACUGCCGCCAUUGGGGCUCGUGAAUGCUUUCAACGAGUUCGCACUUUUGCAAACUGGACGAAAGGCUUCAGAUGGCAGCUUCUUCAUUGUCCUAUACAUGCUAGGGUCGUGGAGCUUAAUGGUCAUGUUCUACUUCGGUUUGCUGAUGCUUCUGCAGCGGGUCAUCGGGCAGCAGCGAGCCAUCGGUGGACAGGUCUCGUGGAAGUCGAUCAUCUUCAAGAAGGAAGAGGAUGUCCACAAACUACGUGUGAUUGAGCCUCCGUCAGGUAGUGAGCGAGGCAAGCUCCAAGAAGUCGAUGAGUUUGUGGCGAAAGCAAUCAGCUUCCGAGAUGUGUCUAAAAGCAUUAUGAAUGUCCCAGUGCUAAGCCAGCUUACUUUUGACAUUUAUCGGGGAGAGUUCACAAUGUUCUUUGUUGAGAGGAUUCAAGAACAGCUUAUGAACACUAUUGACGAUUUACUUACAGGUUUGGCUCUAGCCGACUCAGGCACCAUCAACGUGUUGGGCGAGAACUUGGAGAUCGGCAACACGGUGAUGACGGCCUCGCACAUGAUGGGCUACUGCCACCGCUCCGAGACCCUCAUCGACGACCUCACGGUGCACGAACACCUCAUCCUGUACACUGAGAUAUGCUUAUGGCACAUGAGGAAGAUGGACAUCUUCGAGUACGGCCACAUCAGAUCCAAGCGUUUGUUGAAGGAGUGCGACUUGGAGAGCGUGCGUCAUGAACGAGUGCGCAACUUAGACAUUUACUACAGAGCGCAGCUGUGUUGGGCCAUAGCUAUGCUGUUGGAACCAAGAGUUGUGGUCAUACCAAAUUUCACUGAUCCACCAGCUUACGUGGCGGUCAUUAAAGAUAAAAUAAUGCAAUACAAGAAGUAUAUAACCAUAGUGGCGCUGUACUAUUCGAGCAUACAGCUUGAGUACGCGGAUCGUGUGUUUGUGUUUGACCGAAAAAUACUAGUCUUCGGAGGAACCCCCGCAUACAUGUUCUUCAAAUACGGCCGUGAAUACCGAGUACGCAUGACCCUCAGAAGUGGUGGUAAUGAUGAGGCCACGAACGAACUGCUGGAGCGAGCCAAGAGCGCCGGCGCCACAGUCCGCGCGCAUCUGGGAUCCCUGCUCAUACUGCGGAUACCUGCUAACCCCACUGAGGUAGUGGCAGACCUAGUCAAGGAUCUCACCGAAAACUCCAAUAAAUAUGGACUCACUUCCUUUACUAUAAGCGUACCAGAUUCAGAGGAGGUUUGUCGAAGGGCAAUAUUCGAAGUAAGAACUAAGAAAGGGCCUUUAUAUAGCUUCAAAACCACUUUAGCGAAAGAAGCGUUAAAAGAAAUAGCAGAACCACCGACUUGGACGAGACAAACGCGUGCCUGUAACCUGCACUUAGGACGAGUCAUGUGGAAGUUCUUCUUGUUUCAUAUGUACCACAGUUUGUUUUUCGCGAUCACGUUAAUAGUAGCGAUGGUCGCUGGUGUUUUCCUAGGGUUAUCACUGUCUUCUGUGCUAGCUCAUAUGGAUCCAAGCGUUGGCUCCAAGAAGAUACUUAUCGGCGAACCUUUAACAGUUGAAGACUUGGGACAAAAAACGACCCUGGUGUUACGAGCCGAUAAUUCUUCUGCUGCUAGGUCUAUCGCUUCAGCAUACGUGAUGUCUGAGACCAAAGCCCAUGAAUGGCAAGUGAAAAACAUGGAGUACACCGCACUACCGCACACUGAGAGUCUAACGGAAUACUUGGUGACUCGUGCAAUAGACUCGCCCCAGCUCUACGUUUACCUAUAUGCGUAUGGCAUGGACGUGGCCACUGACGCUAAAGGAUUGGUCACGGUACAGGCCCUUUACAGUCCCUUGCACCACGACCACGGCGCGGCGGCGCGGUCGCUGGCUCGCGUGUACAUGGCGCUGCUGCGGCACUACACCGGCUUCCUCGACGCCACCAUCAAGGUGGACGAUGACCCGCUCGCCUUGGACCUGUCCCCUUGGAUGAAAGACGUGGCCACGCCGCCGUUAUUCAUCCAGUUUCUGUUGAUCCUAACGAUCUCACACAUCACGCUGCUGCCUUCGAAAGAACAUGGACUUAUAAGACACGUGCAGAAACACGCUAUGAACUACUCUCCGUUCCGCUACUGGAUCACGCUGUACCUCUGCGACUUGAUCUUGUACUGGAUGCUGGUCGCCGUCAUGAGCUUCAUCAUCAUCACCAUCGUCUUCCUCACUAUGCCGAUGACGCAUUUCCAGGCUGUUGAUCUCAUGAUAGUCCCCUUCAUGCUGUUGGCAUAUGGCAUAGGGUGCGUGCCGCAAGCAUAUUUGUUCAGUUUGGGACCUCGCAUGGCGCUCAAUACUAUGACUUUUGUCAUCGUCAAUCUUGUUUUUGGUGAAACAACCAUAAUAGCGAAGAUAUUCUACGGCGAUGCAUUAAACUAUGCGCUGGAUUUCAUGAGCCUGUCUCCACAGUUCAACAUGGCGUACGCUUACGUUAAAAUCAAACAGAUAUUUCUGUACAAUAGUGAAUGUAUUAUAAUUGAGUCGAAGAAUCUCUGCUCUCUGAAUACGUUUCACAAGUGCUGUCAGAAAUGUGGAGUUUUACAAGAGUGCUUCCGACGCAAGAGCUACUUCACCCGCAACCCCGGUGUUCUGAUGGAAGUGAUAGCGAUGUUCACCACGGCUUUCUUGUUCACGGUGCUGCUUAUGCUGGUCGAGUACAGAAUAUUCCACCGCGUAUGGCAUAAAGUGACCUCUCGCCUGGCUAAUAGGGACAGACCGAAAUGCAGCAGAAUGAGGCCGGGAGUUGAAAGAGAAAUGUGCGACGUGCUUGAUAAGAUAAGGCACCUGAAAAAGCGAGCUGAAACAGUGGACACAUUUGGCGAGUAUCUGUUAGCCGCCGACCUAACGCUGAGGCUCGGCGGUGAGUUCGUGAUACAUAACGUGUUUCUUGGCAUCGGGAAGGGCGAAGCCGUCGCCUUAUCGGGGCUGAAGCGCCACGGGCGGCCGGAGCUGUGCGAGAUGCUGGCGGGGUAUAGGGCGCCUAGCUAUGGAAACGUCUGCUGCAUGUCUAAGUUCAUGCUUAAAUCCCAGCCACACAAAUACAGUCAACAAGUAUCGCUGUCGAGCGAGCAGUCGUCGCUGCCGUCCUGGAUGCGGGUGAGGGACGCGCUGGAGCUGAUCGCCGCACUCCGCGGCGUGCCCCGACAUGCGAUCAAGAAAGAAGUCAAGAUGCAUAUCGAUGCCUUAGAACUUAUGAAUAAAGCGAACAAAUACAUUGAGGAAAUUCUCCCACACGACCGUGCGCGGCUGCACUUCGCGGCCGCCGUGAUCGGCGCGCCACCAGUCAUCGUGGUGGACGAGUGCACCGCCGCACAGAAGUUCUCCGUGAGGCGGUCGAUGUACUCCAUACUGUACGCGCUCCGGAAACGGGGGCGAGCUAUAUUCAUCAGCUCUAGCAGCAUAGAAAGUCACAUGCCCGUCACAAGCCGGUUGGCUAUACUAAGAGACGGUCAAAUCUACGACAUGGACUUUGUGGACAAGCUAGUGCAGCGGUACAGCAACAGGGGCUACACCGUGGUGGUGCACCUCAAGGACGAGGUCGAUGUCAACAGCAUGUUCUCGCGGUACUUCAGGAGCUUUACCAUCAAUGAUACUUCGGAAGUACUAGUUAACGUCCAAGUGCUCGACUUAGAGAUAACAUGGGCCACGAUUUUCGAGAAAAUGGAGAUCCUUAAAGCGGAGAAUGAUCAAGUAUACUCGUACAUAGUGACGGUGAUCCCCAUCGAUUACAUAUACAACUCCAUUGUGAACAACGAAUCCGGGAACAAGCCGGCCAAAGGCCUGUUCUCGUGUAAGUGGUUGAAGAAGGUGAUGUCCAUCAAGCCCGAGGUGAAGCCCAAACCACACGCGCUGGCUAAACUGAUACCUUUUGAGCAGAAGUACGAUAUCACUACGCUGAAAGAGCUGCCUUGGUCCGUUAUAUUCCAUAGAUAGAAAGAUAGGUGAUCGAAAAUGUUGCCUAUACUUGUGCUACUGCUUCUGUUUGCUAAAUUUCCCAAUACAUACAAGAUUAUUAUGAUUUAUGUUUUUUGUCAGUUGGUUGCCAACCAGACAUAAAAUUUGGAUGCGAUUCUAUGUUUUGCUGACUUUCUACGCUGCUUAGGGAAGUGGUGUGCUCUGUCCGAGCUAACGAAUGUGAUUCUGAAAUUUCGGCAAAUUCAAGAACGGGCCUACAGAAUUUUGCUUCGGCAACAGUCCGACACUCAUACUUGACUGACGCCUUUCCCACUUCUCUGCUCAAAUCUUAUAGCUUAGUAACCUCAGUACCUGAUAAACUACCCCAACUAACCACUUUUGUCGUAGGUAGUUAUUACUUGGACAAACAUUGCUAUCGUAGCGAAUACUUUCUAAAAAUAUUAUUAAAUGUACUUAGAAAUGUUGUUAACAGUUAAAUUACUGUUAUACGUUUGUUUUAAGGGUUUAAACAAUCUUUUAAGUUCAAGUUAUUGUUUUUUUUAAGAAUUGAAUAAGGAGCGUUGUCG